GCUCCAGUUACGUCCCCUCCCCCAGUUUUGCAGUCUCAGUAGCAGCCAGUGCGGCUCUGUGAUCAUUAGCGAGUGGAGCACCGGCGGGAGGGCUGCAGUAACAGCAAACAUUCGCCUCACUAAGCCGGGGCUGGGAAGCUGCUGGACAGUGUUUACUGGGGCACAGAAAUGAGGUGCAAUUCUGACUCGAGAAGACCAAAUUGAGCAAGAGCAGAUCUUUGGUUACAUUGAAAAACACCCUAAAGCUCCACAUGGCCGGUUUCCAGCCAGUUUGUCAGACGGUUACUUCUACUGAAGCCUUGAACUCUAAAGCACAUUGCCGUCAGAGUUUCUUCACAUUUGCCCGAUAAUUUUGGCCUCCAGGAGCUAAUGGCACUCACGUCCUAACACAGUCUAAUCUCUCAACUGUCUCACAUCUGCUGAGGGGGCUGUCUCUUCAGUCGCCAGAUGAGAAGCAGAGUUGCAGGUUUCCUUUCAGAGUACAAUGCUUUUUGGCAUGGCUUUUAAUGCUCUCUGUUUGGCCUUGUGUAUUGCACUUGGGGCUGCAGAAUUUGGACCAGCACCGAGGAUCACAUGGCACCUUAAAGAAAUCAAUUUGAUGCAUUUUCAUGUGCCGGGCAUUUCCAGUUAUUCCACUUUAUUGCUUAGUGAAGAAAAGGAUGUUCUUUAUGUUGGUGCCCGAGAAGCUAUCUUUGCUGUCAGUUCACUGAAUGUUGCAGAGAAGCUAAACGAGGCUUACUGGAAAGUAACUGACGAAAAAAAUAACGAGUGUGCCUGGAAAGGAAAGUCGAAGCAGACUGAGUGCCUCAACUACAUUCGAGUGAUCCAGCCUCUGAAUGACAAGACUCUGUAUGUCUGCGGAACCAAUGCCUUCCAGCCUACCUGCGACUAUCUGGACUUAACUGACUUUCGGUUGUUGGGUAAAAGUGAAGAUGGUAAAGGCAGAUGCCCCUUUGAUCCUGCACAAAGCUAUACUUCUGUCAUGGUUGAUGGAGAACUUUAUUCUGGGACCUCCUUUAAUUUUCUGGGAAGCGAGCCUAUUAUAUUUCGACACUCCCCUCAAAGUCAAUUAAGAACAGAAUAUGCUGUGCCUUGGCUUAAUGAGCCAAGCUUUGUGUAUGCUGAUGUGAUCAGGGCUCCCGCAAACAAUCUCCAGGGAGAUGAUGAUAAAGUGUAUUUUUUCUUCACUGAAGUGUCUGUUGAAUAUGAAUUUUUUAGUAAGGUUCUAAUUCCAAGAGUGGCCCGAGUGUGCAAGGGGGACCAAGGUGGGCUGAGGACUUUACAAAAGAAAUGGACUUCGUUUCUUAAAGCCAAACUCAUAUGUCAUUCAUCGGAAAAUAAUUUGAUUUUUAAUGUUGUCAAUGAUGUAUUUAUCCUGAAACAUCCAGACUUAACAGAACCAAAGAUCUAUGGCGUUUUCACCUCUCAUUUAAACAAUGUUGGUUUAUCUGCAGUGUGCGCUUACAAUGUGUCUUCUGUGGAAGAGGUGUUUGCCAAAGGGAAAUAUAUGCACAGUGCCACUGUGGAACAGUCUAACACCAAGUGGGUGCGCUAUAAUGGAGAGGUCCCGAAACCUCGACCCGGAGCUUGCAUUAACAAUGAAGCCAGGGCAAUGAAUUACACAAGCUCCCUUAAUCUGCCAGACAUGACUCUUCAGUUUGUCAAGGAUCACCCCCUGAUGGACGACUCUGUGACCCCGGUCGGCAAUAAACCAAAGCUUGUGCUUCGAAAGGUCAUUUAUACCCAGAUUGUGGUGGACAGGGUUAAAGCGCUUGAUGGCAACAGCUACGAAGUCAUGUUUCUCAGUACAGAUAAAGGCAUGCUGCACAAGGCUGUCAGUCAAGACACAGAAAUGCGAAUUAUAGAGGAAAUUGUGCUGUUCCCACAUCUACAACCAGUGCAGAACUUGCUGCUUUCUAACAAGGAGGGGAAAAAGUUUAUUUACGCAGGCUCCGAUACUGGGGUAGUCCAGUCUCCCCUUGCUUUCUGUGAAAAGUUCACAUCCUGUAAAGACUGCAUUCUGACCAGGGAUCCAUAUUGUGCUUGGCACCCCGUGAAGCACUCUUGUGUUAACAUUCUUCAGGAGAGUAAUGCGGACGAGAGCUUGGUCCAACAGUUAAAUGGAGAUGCAUCUCAGUGUCCAGAUUCUGAUGAAAUCCAGAACAGUAUGAAGCACACUGUGAAGUCGGGAAGCACGGUGGAACUGAAGUGCUCUCAAAAAUCUAAGCUCGCCUCUCUGGUGUGGCAAUUUAAUAAGAAAGCCCUGAAGACUGAACUGCCCAAAUAUCAUCCCCUAGAACACGCUCUAGUCAUCUUCAGUGUCACCGAGCGCGACUCUGGUAUUUACGAGUGCAUAUCCCAAGAGGAGGUGGGGGAUAUAAAGGUUUCCCAAGUGCUGCUAAAACAUGAGGUAGAACUAGAAAAGGUGCCCGCUACUUUGGAGAGCACUACCCAUCUAUACACAGAGCCUGAAGCUAAAUCUCAAACAACCACCAUGUCCACCAAGGUCCUUGAAUUGUCUACACGGAAGAAAACGACCGCUCAGAUUUUAACAACUCCUGUUGCCGUUACAGGCGUGAGCACUAGGUUACUAGAAAGCACAACCGCAUUAACUGAAAUGCACAGUAAAGUUCCUGAGGUUCAGAUGGAGAAGGCGAUGUACUUGACAAAGCCAAGUGACUGUUCUCUUCUCAUCUGCCUGGUGCUGCUGUUCGCGCUAUUGUUUCUGAUUCUGUUGGCUUAUAAUUGUUACAAGGGAUUCCUCCCUAACUGGUGCCUACCCAUCCGCACUCUUCUGUUCUCCGGCAAGCAAAAAACCCCACCCGAUUAUUCAGACUGUGAACAAGGCGUAAAGGAAAACUUAGUGGACUCCAAGUGUAGCCCCAGUCAGUUUGAGGAUACACAAAAGAUUCCUCAUGACACCGGCUACGAGACAGAACUGGACUGUGGGAAUGGCACCGUCCCACAGGCAGUGAAACCCGACGAGAGCGGAACCGACCAACCGUUUGACGUAAAAUGUGAUCUCAAAUAUGCAGAUUCUGACGGAGACUGAGGGCUCUUUUUUUGUUCAUUUUUAAGAAGACCAAUUUUAUGCUGUAGACCUGCUGAACUGCCUAUAAAAAAGGGACCAUGCAGUCAAGCUUCAAUCCAUUCUGUGAAAGAAAUAGUCCUUUUCGCUUUAAAUAUCCCAAUUUUUAGCAGCAAUUGAAAAUGUAGCAUAGGUUGCAGGCAGACAUGUUCCUUCUGUUUGGAUUAUUUUUUUAAUAUCCAAGUUUUAGUCUGUUGUUUGUUUUUAUGUUGAUGAUAAUUAAUGCAAAGGGCUGAUCCAGCAUUAACAGCAUUUCACCUCUUGCUGCAACUUAUUUUUAAAUGAAUUCCAAAUUGGAAACAAAUCUUAGUUUAUCAGAUUGGUAAGGAGCUUGUAGACAAAACCCUAAUAGGGUCCGAUCUUUUUCUUUUAGUGCUUCACUGUGCACUUUUUUUCCAGCAGGCAACGCGACUGGUAGAGAAAUGCUUCCCGCUCUUGCUCGUGUUUGUAGGGCCUAUAAGGUAUUAAACACUGGUUCUUUUAUUUCUGCUUAGGAGCAGGUCUGGCUACUUUCUGUUUAUUUCUCAGGGAAAGGCAACUUCUCCGGUUACUUUGUUUUUCUACAGUAAAAUAUAUAUAUAUAUACCACGGGACCUUUUCUAGAAAGAGACUGGAUUUUAAAAGGACAGUGGCUUAAUAAAACCCUUUCACGGUACGUUGAAUGUUGCACAGAAAUAUUCCAUGUUUAUUGAUAAAAUAGGAUUUAUGUGGAAAGAAUAGCUAUCCAAACUGUGUCACUAUGAAAUAUUUGCACAACGGAACAAGAUAAUAUGCUGAACACAUUCCCUGCCAUUCCUUUAUGAGCUUUCUCUUUAUAUACAUUGAGCCACAUGAAACAUGUUACUGGAAUGAUCACCUGAGCCAAGGCAACAAUAAUAUCCCUGCAAAAAUCUCAUCUUAAUUUCUGCUUGUCUUACCACUGGAAGAAACCUGCAGGGUGCAACCGGCCUGUGAAUUAAAGGCACCCCUUGCUGUAUUACACACUCCUUAGCCCCCCUCGUAUUUAUGCAAGUGACCGCCUUAUUUGUUUUUAAGAAGAAGGAGAAAAAAAAAAACACUGUAAUGUUAACUGUGGAUGCUUCCUUAAAAGAGUUGAAUUUUUAUUUUUCUAUUGUUCAUUCUGUAUAGAUGUAAAAAUCUUAAUAAAGUAUUAUGUUAUUGGUU